CUUCUCUCACUCCGCUUCCGAAGCUCUUGGAGGGAGGACGGAUAAACGCCGCUGACGGUAUACCGGAUUUUGGUACCCGAAGGAGGGAGGGAUGCUCCGGUGAUUUCCCCUCUUUAGACACCCACCACCUCCUCACCACCAACAUUCCUCUUCAUCACUUUAUUAUCGGAACCUUAUCAAGACGCGCUCCUGCUCUGUCUUUUCUGGGUUUGGUAUUUUUGCCUCUGCGCUCCAGCGGAUAAAAAAAAAAAAACAGAGGAGAACAUUUUGGGUUAGAGGAGAGAUUCGAUUUUUCUCUUCUCCAAGCACCAAAGAAAAACCAAAAACUGGGCUUUCAUUCAGUGGAUGUGUUGGACAUCAGAGAAGAAGCAGUACUAGUUGAGAGAAGUGCUCGUUUCUCUGCUGGCUUGUAUGUUUGGGGGGAUUUGCUGGAGAGACGAGCUGCGCACGGAGUCUACUCCAAAGAUCUGUGUCGCCGUUCAGAGGAAAAAAAUUCAACGUAUCCGACGCCAGUGAUGAGCUAAAGGCUUCCAGAGUGAACGCACUGUGAGAGAAGAAAGGCCGUGACGUGAACGCCGGUGAUGAACAUCUGCACCGACAGCCCAUCUCAGCUAACGAACUAGGAAGUUCAUCAACAGGAUAUCACCUCAGUGGGAGCGGAGCUCCGCUGAGAGGAAACCAGAAAGCAGGGGGCGGAGCCAAGUGCACAGGUGCUCAGGUCGGGCGGGAUGGCGAUGCUGAAGAGGCAGGGCCUCGGGCUGGUCCGGGCCUUCCUGGUGUUGGUUGGAGUGUCGGCGCUCUGUAGCGUCGCGUUAGGAACCCGGAAAGGAAACGACUCUUUGGAUCAAAGGGGCCACAGACACAGACAUCCAGGUCACUUGUCGCUGCAUAGACACAGACAGAGGGGCGGGAAGGAAGGACAGGUACUGCACAGGUCCAAACGAGGAUGGGUCUGGAAUCAGUUCUUCGUCAUUGAGGAGUACACUGGACCCGACCCAGUGCUGGUGGGCAGGCUCCACUCAGACGUAGACUCGGGCGAUGGCAACAUCAAGUACAUCCUGUCCGGGGAAGGUGCCGGAACCAUCUUCGUUAUCGACGACAAGACGGGCAACAUCCACGCCACGAAAACCCUGGACCGCGAGGAGCAGGCCCAGUACACCUUAACAGCCCAGGCCGUGGACAGAGACACUAACAAGCCUUUGGAGCCUCCGUCAGAGUUCAUAGUGAAAGUUCAGGACAUCAACGAUAAUCCUCCUGAGUUUCUACAUGGCCCGUACUACGCCAGGGUGCCUGAGAUGUCCAAUGUUGGUACGUCGGUGAUGCAGGUGACGGCUACAGAUGCUGACGACCCCACCUACGGCAACAGUGCCAGGCUGGUGUACAGCAUACUGCAAGGACAGCCGUAUUUCUCUGUGGAGCCUCAGACAGGUAUAAUCCGCACCGCCUUGCCGAACAUGGACCGCGAGGCGCGUCAGGAGUACGACGUCGUCAUCCAGGCCAAAGACAUGGGCGGUCACAUGGGCGGGCUGUCGGGUACCACCGAGGUUAAAAUCACCCUCACGGACGUCAACGACAACCCUCCGAAGUUCCCACAGAGUGUGUACCCCAUGUCUGUAUCGGAGGAUAAAGUGCCGGGAGAGGAGGUGGGCCGCCUCAAGGCCAAAGACCCCGACCUCGGAGACAACGGGCUGGUGAACUACCGCAUAAUAGACGGAGACGGGAUAGGCAUGUUUGAGCUGAGCACCGACUCCGAGACCAGAGAGGCCGUUAUUAAACUGAAGAAGCCUGUGGACUUUGAAACUAAGCGUUCGUACACCUUGAAGGUGGAUGGAUCCAACCCUCACGUUGACCCUCAGUUCCUCGCCUGGGGGCCCUAUAAGGACGAAGCCACAAUAAAGAUAUCAGUGGAGGAUGCAGACGAGCCGCCCGUGUUUGUAGCUCCCAGUUAUACCUUUGAGGUAGAGGAGAACGCGCCCGAAGGCACCCUGGUGGGACGAGUCCACGCCAAGGACACUGAUGUUGCCAACAAUCCUGUCAGGUACAUGAUCCCUCGGUACACGGACGUGGAGCAGUUCUUCAGCGUCAACGCAGAAGACGGCAUGAUCACCACGACGAGACCUCUGGACAGAGAAACACAGGCCUGGCACAACAUCUCUGUGUCAGCCACAGAGAUAGGAGGCCACCACCAAGACACCAAAGUUCGUGUAAACAUCAAAGUGAAAGACGUGAACGACAACCCGCCGGAGUUUGGGAACGACAGAGAGAUCCACAUGUGUGAAUCUGUCCCCCUGGGGAAGGUUAUUGAAACAGUGAGCGCGACGGACAAAGACGAGAUGUCCCACAGACAACACUUCACGUUCAGCCUGGCUCCAGAAGUCGCCAACAACCACAACUUCUCCCUCAAAGACAACAGAGACAGCACAGCCAGCAUCUACGUGCUCCGUAAGGGAUUCAGCCGCGUGACGCAGGACGUUUACUUCCUUCCCAUCGAGAUCAACGACAACGGCUUCCCCGCCCUGAGCAGCACCAACACCCUGACCAUCAGAGUCUGCUCCUGCGACAGUAAAAACAGCGUCCUCUCCUGUAACGUGGAGCCCUACGUCCUGCCGGCCGGUCUCAGCACCGGGGCGCUCAUCGCUAUACUGGCCUGUAUCGUCAUUCUGCUGGCGAUAGUGGUGUUGUUUGUCGCGCUGAGGCGUCAGAAGAAGGAGCCGCUGAUCGUGUUCGAGGAGGAGGACAUCAGGGAGAACAUCAUCACCUAUGACGACGAGGGAGGCGGCGAGGAGGACACGGAAGCGUUCGACAUCGCUACGCUGCAGAACCCAGACGGUGCCAACGGUUUCCUGCCAAGAAAGGACAUCAAACCAGAGCUCCAGUAUCCCAUCAGGCCCGGCAGCGGCCGCCCCGCAGCCAACAGCGUCGACGUUGACGACUUCAUUAAGACUCGAAUCGCAGAGGCCGACAGCGACCCGACCGCACCUCCUUACGACUCCAUCCAGAUCUACGGAUACGAAGGCAGAGGAUCAUUGGCUGGGUCAUUGAGUUCCCUCGAGUCUGUCACAACAGAGUCUGACUUGGAUUAUGACUAUCUGCAGAGUUGGGGGCCGAGGUUUAAGAAGCUGGCAGAUUUGUACGGGACCAAAGACUGCUCCAUCCACGAUGGGGACGACGGUGAAGACUCUUAACAGUGGUCUUACUGAGUGGACGCCCCCCGAUUUCUGAUUUAUUGAUUCCACGAGGAUUCGUUAACUGAGGGUUAACGCUCCUCAACACCUUAUUGUUACCACCUGAUCAGUUCAUGCCAAUUUGUCGACGGACGUUAACAGCUCUGCCUCCCGUGGCGCCUCCCUGGUCCUCCAAGAUGAUUUGUUAAUGAACACAUAAUGAACGCUUGGACUCAAAACGCUCCCAGCUUUUCCCCAAAUCUCUCCUGUUCCCGUCUCCCACGUCUCUUUCCCGCUCUCUUUCUACAGACUGAGCAUCGCCGGGCUGGGAGAUUUGUUACGUCACCAGUUUGUCGGUUUGAAAGUAAAUUGUUGAGGGGAAAAAAAAUGUUGCUGUAUGAUCAAAAUGACUUGCUUAUAGCUAACUGUUUAGUUUAUUAGAGGUUCUAUAUACUUUGUGGACUGGAUUCACGUACUUCCUCUGCGGUUCCUGAGAGAAAUGGGGGUAAUAUUUCCCUUUAGUUCUCUUUGUGGUGUGAAAGGACACAGAAAGAGAGGAAGAGAGAGACGAAAGCAAACCGAAAGAGAAAGUUGGUAUGGGAUUCAGCAACCGCCUGAUGUUACGAACGAGAAAUAAAAAGGUGAUGAAGAUUGUGUCGUAGGAUCGAACAGUUGAAACAAAACUUUUUUUAAAAAAUUCGCUGUUGUGUGUGCGUGCAGAAUUCAGCCGGUCCUGUUGGUUUAGAAAGCGUGACAGACUCUGGGUUGUUGAUACUCUGAAGGAGCUCGCAGCGUCUUCACAGUAUGGUGGCCUUAUAAUAAAUUAACAACAACUCCAGAGGUGAACACAACACGUGGAAACGGUAGAGACCGCUAGCUUCAGUAGCUACACACACAUGGACUGAGUAUCUGUGAACAAGCUCCAUGAAUACUUCUGUUUCUGUUUCCGACUCCCAAAAAGACUCAAUUUGAAAACUGUGGAUGAUUCUUUGUUUUUCAUUCGUCACUGCAGAGAAGACGUGAGAAAAGAAAAGUUGCCCUUCUUCCUCGCCCACCCUCCCCCCGUGUCCCUCCCAUCAACAAUCACUUCCCAUAUACCGAGUCCACCAAUGAACGAUCACUUCCGUCAUUCAGAGUCCACCAAUGAUGAUCAAUCACGAUGAGUAAAAACCUGUGAGCUCUAAAAAUCGCCUUAAACUUAACGGACACUCUUGCAAACGCAGUGCAUUCUCUUUUUUUUUUUUUUUUUUUUUUUUUUUUUUUUCUUUUUUGUAACUUGAAGUAUAUUCAGAAAGCAAACUAUUCUCCAUGUUAGGUAUGUACAGAGCAAAAACGUGUGCAGACGUGUGAUAUAUCACUUUGAGGAUCCAACUUGCGCCUCGUGCACUCUUUUAAAACAGGAUGUUGUUGCUGUUUCUGCCGGCGCGCUAAAUGUCGACCCGGGAAAACGCGCGUUGUGUUUCCGUUUUCCACGACACUCCAGCUGACGUUGGCGGCGUGGGCGGCGGCGACGCCUGUUGUAUCAACACGCGUCGCUAUGGAAACAUAAAAAAUGUGCACAUUGGAAAAUAACACAAGGUGUGUUUUCUGAGCCGCAUAUACGAAGAGGCGGAAAGCAGAACAUCCUUUUUAAGCGUGCAGAUUCUUGUUCAAUCUCUUUUUUAAUGUUAUUAUAUUAUUAUGAUUAUUAUUGUUGUUUUUUAUUAUUAUUAUUAUCAUUAUUAUGACAAUAAUUGUUCUUUCUUUGGCUGCAGCUACACAGGAACAAAUUCAUGUUUAACUCUUUGCAGCUCUUACGGGUGUCUGAACUAUUUUUGGGCAGCGAUAAGAAACGUACUGCCAGAAGUUAAAUGUAAGUUUUUGUUUUGAAGCUUGUGUGAACACAACCUCUCAUUUUCUUUUGUUUCUGUUUCUUUUUUUAUUUUCAUGAUUUGGCGUUUCUUCGUUCUUUCUCCCUGUUCAAGAGGAAAACUAGCAAUCUGUGUUUGUUGCAGUGAGAGAACGCCUCGUUUUUAUUCUCUGUCAAGUUUUAUGGUACCGAUUUGUACAAUUUUAAAAGUUCUUAUUUUAGUAUACAUGCAGAAUAUUCCAGUAUUACAACAAAAAACAUGUUAAGAAGAUAAGAUUAAAAAAAAAAAAUGUUACAGCAUCACACUUAUAUUUUCUGAACAUUGUACUGUUGCUUUACUAUGUGCUUCAAUCUCCGAAGCGAAAAAAAACUUUGAAAUAAAUGCUCUUUUUAUAAAACGAUA